UCACACAUACAUUUGGACCCAGUUAAAUAGAUAUUGAGCAAAAAGAGCGGCUUCAGUCGAGAAAUUGCCCCAACUCCACCGAAUCUUGACCCCAGCUGCCUCUGACACCGCGUCGCAAGAUGCUGACGAUAACACUAAAGACCCUCCAACAACAGACGUUCAAAAUAGAAAUAGACCCAGAAUUGACGGUGAAAACCCUGAAGGAGAAAAUAGAGGAAGACAGAGGAAAAGAUGCAUUUCCUGCUGCAGGACAAAAACUCAUCUAUGCAGGCAAAAUCUUAAACGAUGACACCCCGCUGAAAGAGUACAAAAUCGAUGAGAAAAACUUUGUGGUGGUCAUGGUUACCAAGCCUAAACCAGCCCCUCCUCCACAUUCAGCCCCUCAGUCGACCCCCCAAACAGCUUCAGCCUCAGCACCAGCCUCAGCCUCAGCUACAGCACCGGCCUCUGGCCCAGCACCGGCGCCCUCGACGCCAACACACACGGUGUCUGCACCCACGCCCGCCCCACAGUCAGUGCCUCCGUCUGAAUCCCCUUCCUCAGUCCCAGAAAACCCCCUGUCAGAUUCUGUUGAAGCAGCAGCAGCAGAAGCAGCUCUGGACUCGAACGCAGCCCCAGACACAGCUCCAGCUGUGGCCUCAGCUGCUGCUCCAGCCUCUGCCCCAGCCCCAGCUGCUGAACCUGUUCAGACAGGCUCAGCCACUGCAGACAGCCCCACCCUUGCAACCCAGCCAGAAGAGAAGCCAACGGAAGACCCUGAGAGUCAACCAUCUGCCACAGCACCAGUCCACUCUUCUGCUUCCAGCCUUGUUGAUGAACUGGGUCUCCUCGAAGAAGCAGCAUCAAUACUGGUGACGGGUCCAGCCUACGAGAACCUGGUGUCGGAGAUCAUGUCUAUGGGUUAUGAGCGGGAGCAGGUGGUUGCUGCACUUAGAGCCAGUUACAACAACCCAGACCGAGCUGUGGAGUAUCUGCUCAUGGGUAUUCCAGCAGAGGCCAGUGAUCUGCCACCUCAAGAGCCAGUUCGACACAGUGCUCCAUCUAACCCUCCCCCCCCUGCUACACAACAACCACAGCAGCCCCCAGCAGCCCCUAGCACAGGGCCAGUGUCUGGCAGUCAGCCUCCCUCUGCCGGCGGAGGCUCUGUCUCCACAGCGAACCCUCUGGAGUUCCUGAGGAACCAGCCUCAGUUCCAGCAGAUGAGACAGAUCAUCCAGCAGAACCCAGCCCUCCUACCAGCCCUGCUGCAGCAGCUUGGCAGAGACAACCCACAGCUGCUGCAGCAAAUCACGCAGCACCAGGAGCGUUUUGUACAGAUGCUGAAUGAGCCACGAGGAGGAGACACGGGAGGUGAAGGUGCUGAGGCCCAGGGGUCACCACACACCAACUACAUCCAGGUCACCCCACAGGAGAAGGAGGCCAUUGAGAGGUUAAAAGCGCUGGGCUUCCCUGAAGGCUUAGUCAUCCAGGCUUACUUUGCCUGUGAGAAGAACGAGAACCUGGCUGCCAACUUCCUGCUACAGCAAACAUGGGACGAUGAGUAACCGGACAUCAGCUGACACAUCACCAAGACACCAGGUCCACCAGGGAUUAACAGGGACAGGAGAGGAAGACAACAUUUCUUUUCACACCAUGUGACUGUGGUCUGAUGAUGAUGGUGAUGAUGAUGACUAUAUUGAUGAUGAUGAUGAUGAUGAUGAUGAUGAUGAUGAUGAUGAUGAUGUUCAAAGUUAGCUGUGCUGCCUCCUCUCCAUUCAGCUGUGAUGAUCAUUGUAGGAGCUCACACUGAGCUGUGCCUCACUGCUGCUACAUUAUUACUGCUGCCGCUUGUGCUGAGUGAUCCCACUGAUAGAAGUCAAUAUGCAACAGUCUGCAUCACCUUCACAGGCCAACAGGCUUUUAUUCAGAGUUUCCACUGCAGGCGGCUCACAGGCUGCCUGCAGGACACGUGUUGAACUUAGACUACUGUACAUAUACAGAAUACACACUACAAGAGUGUAUUUCUUGUGAAUACAAACAUGAGAAAAACAAAUUUUCAACAUGUGUGUUGACAAACCCUCCAUGUUGGAUUUACCUGAAAGUGUGAUGCAAACUGUCGACUUCACUAUUUGAGAGCUAACAUUGCUUUAUAUUAAAGUUCAGGUCUGAUCAUUUCA